AAUUUAAAUUUCUGAGAGGUUCGAUUCUUUAAAAUUCCUACAAUAAUUGAUCGAAUCGAGUAUUCCCCCUGACUGUGAAAUUGAACUUAAUAAGAAGCAGGAAAAAUUUAAAAAAAUUAAAAAAGAGGCUUAAAUUGACGAGAAAAAGGUGUGAAAAACAUUAAUUAAGAUACAAAGGAUAACAGUUUAAUCGUGUUUAUUAUAAAUGUGAUGAAAAGAGAGUGAAAUAUAGAUGAAAAAUAGUUUUUUUCAAAUCGCAAUUUUCAAAAUGGGCAGAAAGUUUUUUUUUUGGAAGAAAUUGCAUUAAUUCAAUUAAUUUGAAAAACUUUGAUAUCAGUGUGUUUUGGAUAUAAAGUAUCUGUAAAAUCAUCACUAUCAUCAUUAUUUUUUGUGUGCUAAAACACGUAAACGACGAGCGAGCGAGUAAGCAGCAGCAACGACGAUAAAGGGGGGAAAAGAAUGUAUGUUAGAAAGGAUUUUUGAAAAUAAUUUUAUAAUGAAAAAUUAAUGAACAAACGGAUAUUCAUUAAAUAUUGCAGAAGAAAAUGAGGAUAUUGAAAUAGCACGGAAGUAAAUCAAUCUUUCUUCAUUCUCUCUCCUUUUUACAUGCCAAAAAAUAUAAUAAUACAUAAUAAAUUUAAAUAAUAUAAAUCAGAAGCAGCAAGGAGGUAAAAAAAAUCGAUAAAAAAGGAAGUAAAUUAAUGAUUACAUGACAAUAAGAACAAGACAAGAAAUCUAUGAAAGCAAAAAAGGAUUUUUAAUUAUCAUCAAUUAACGUGCGUGUGUGUGUGGGUGUGUCAAUAAAUCAAUAACGAAGAAAGUUAAAGAAAAAUAACAUCAAAAUGGCACCAGCACCGAGACCAGGGUCCUUAAAAGACCCUGAAAUUGCUGAGCUCUUUAAUAAGCACGAUCCUGAUAAGAUCUUUGAUGAUUUACGUGAAAUUGGUCAUGGAUCUUUUGGAGCGGUCUAUUAUGCUCGCUGUAAUUUAACGCGAGAGAUAGUAGCUAUUAAGAAAAUGUCAUAUUUGGGGAAGCAAAGCAUGGAGAAAUGGCAAGACAUUUUAAAAGAAAUUCGCUUUUUGCGUCAAUUAAAUCAUCCAAAUACGAUUGAAUAUAAAGGCUGUUAUUUGCAUGAAAACACAGCAUGGCUCGUGAUGGAAUAUUGUGUCGGUUCCGCGUCAGAUAUUAUUGAAGUGCACAAACGACCACUGAAGGAGGAAGAGAUUGCAGCAAUUUGUGAUGGUGUUUUACAUGGACUGAGUUACUUGCAUCUCUUGGGACGAAUUCAUCGAGAUAUUAAAGCCGGCAAUAUUCUUCUAACUGAACAAGGUGUUGUUAAAUUAGCUGAUUUUGGCAGUGCUGCAAUCAGGUGUCCUGCAAACUCAUUUGUUGGAACUCCUUACUGGAUGGCGCCUGAGGUAAUUUUAGCAAUGGAUGAAGGACAAUAUGACGGAAAAGUUGAUGUAUGGUCGUGUGGAAUAACGUGUAUUGAAUUAGCGGAAAGGAAACCACCUUAUUUUAAUAUGAAUGCAAUGUCUGCACUUUAUCAUAUAGCCCAAAAUGAUGCACCCGUUCUUCAGGUCCAAACACCCGAUUGGUCUCAUUUAUUUCGUAGUUUUGUCGAAGUUUGUCUUAAGAAAUCACCACUUGAUCGACCGACGUCUAGUGAGCUUCUUGCUCAUGCUUUUGUGUCUCGAAAUCGUUCACCAGCCGUUUUAGUAGAUUUAAUUGCUAGGACAAAGGCAGCAGUUCGAGAAUUGGAUAAUCUAAAUUACCGUAAAAUGAAAAAGAUUUUAAUGGUAGACAAUUGUGAGACGGAGAGUAAUGUAGGAGAUCCAGAUGAUACACCAGAUGACCAGAUAGGAGGCGAUAGCAGUAAAAGUAAUAGUAUUACUUCUGAACAUUCAAUGCAAUCAAUUGGAGGCAUUGUAGCAAGUAGCCAAAGUUCUUCAAGCAAUUCAAUUCCACCAAAUAUAGAUCAACAAGGAAAUUUGACAAGAAAUUCAUCACGAAGUCGAUUACCCCCAUCACUUCCACCACAUCAUCAGCAGCCACAAUAUGUUAAUGCAAUUCCAGGACAUUUUCAAAUGUCAACAGGACAUAUUAAUCAUCAUCAUCAUAUUCCACAGAUUAUGCAAGCGUCUGGUUCCAAUACAACACCAAGAGAUCAUCAUCAAAUUCAACAGCAGCAAUUAUAUAGUAAUGUACAUCACAAUCAUGUGAAUCAAGCGGCUGUAAGUGCAAUUGCUGAACAUGGACCGAAUAAUUUUGCAACUAUUCGAACAACAAGUAUUGUAACGAAGCAACAAAAGGAGCAUAUGCAAGAAGAUAUGCAUGAACAAAUGUCUGGAUAUAAGCGUAUGAGACGAGAACAUCAAGCGGCUCUCUUGAAACUCGAGGAAAGGUGUAAGGUUGAAAUGGAGGCGCACAAGGGUGCAUUAGAUAAAGAAUACGAUUUAUUACUCCAUAAUUUUACUCGUGAGUUAGAGAAACUCUCGACGAGACAUCAACAAGAACUCGAGAAGCGUUUGAAGCAAAAUAAUAUUGCAGAAAAGAAAUUAUUUAAAGAGAUUCAAUUGCGUCAAGAAGGUGACCGAAAGGCUUUCGAUAAUCACCGUAAGAAGGAAUAUAAGGCAAAUAAGGAACGAUGGAAGAGAGAACUUUCGAUGGAUGACACAACGCCAAAAAGACAAAGAGAUGCCACUUUACAAUCUCAGAAGGAAAAUCUAAAGAUGGCAGAAGCUGCUGAAGAACAAAGGCUCUUACGAGUCCAAAAGAACUACAUUGAGUUAGAAAUGCGUAAAUUUAAGCGGAAAAAAGUGUGCUCUGUACACGAUUUAGAGAAUCAAUUAUUGAGAGAUGAAUUAAGUAAGAAACAGCAGCAGUUAGAACAAGCACAUUCUAUGUUAUUGCGUCAUCACGAGAAAACACAAGAUCUUGAAUAUCGCCAACAAAAAAGUGUUCAUGCUCUCAGAGAAGAUCAGAUUUGCAAACAACAUGAGAGCGAAUUGAAAAAUCAAAAGGAUUAUAUGGAUCGUGCAGAACGUGAGUUAUUGCGAAAACAUGCCACGGAAUUGAAGCAGCAACCUAAAAGUCUUAAACAAAAAGAGCUUCAAAUACGAAAGCAGUUCCGUGAAACGUGCAAGACUCAAACACGCCAAUAUAAAGCAUUAAAAGCACAAAUUCUUCAAACAACACCAAAAGAUGAACAAAAAGCUGUGAUAAAGAAAUUAAAGGAGGAACAACAACGAAAAUUAGCGCUUUUAGGUGAUCAGUAUGAACAAAGUAUUGCCGAUAUGUUACAAAAACAAUCACUGCGACUGGAUGAAAGUCAGGAAGGUGAAUGCACUCAAUUGAGAGAUCGUUUACAAUAUGAGUUGAACAUAUUGACUGCGUAUCAAGAAAAGAAUAGACUACAGGCACAGUCUCAGCGAGAUCGUGAACGAAGGGAGCUCGAGGAACGAGUUAAUGUCAGAAGGGCAUUAUUAGAGAGCAAGAUGGAGACAGAGCUUCAGCAAUUUAAUAAGGAACGAUCCGAGAGGAUUAUGGCUUUGAAGGAUAAGCAUGAACGUCAGUUGGAGCAAUUCGACGUUGAGUCAGCCAGCAUGGGAUUCAGCGCACUGGCACUGGCAGAAGCAAGCCAAGAGACGUACCCAGAAGAGGAGGGAAGUUUGAGUGGAUCGAUGCUCUCCCUCGCACAUAGUAAUUCAUCCACAUCAUUUCUAGCAGGUUCACUAUAGCACUCAAAUAUACAACACUAUAGACGUAAUCAUUGCGACGAUUCCUAUGAGAACUCAAGUCGCAAAUCCUUUUAAAAAGCUUUCCGUAGAAAUUAUCUUAUUGACCCUUUUUUUAAAAAGAGAUGAAGUAAAAUCGUAUUUUUUAUUUAAUGAGAAAAAUCUUUUCUGAAAUGAGGACAUCCUUAAAGGAUAAUAAUAAGACUAAAAAAUUCGUAAAAAGAUUGUUUACUGAAAUAAGAAUACGAGAGCCUUUUUUUCUGUAAUAAGAAAUGGAGGAGAGUAUUGGAACUAAGCUUGAAUUGAAAUGAAUGAACAAAUUUAUCGAUGCAAAGAUUUUCUGCUCACAGGCCUAUGUGAGCUUUAUAAAUCAACAUUAGGUUUUAAUUUUUAUCGUUUCUUAUUUUAGAUAUGUGUGAAAAAUACUUCUUUUUGUGAAAUGGCUACUUAUUAGCGAUUUGACUGCUUAACUAGUGCACUUUAGUAAAGGAAAAAAAAUUACUUCACAUUUAUCUCUCGUAUUAGUAGUUAGGUAGCAAUUUUUGAAUCGAGGUUGUUCAUUCAAUUCUUUCACAAAAUGAAAAUGGAAAAUUUGAGUGGUUUUAUGCUUUUUACGAAAAAAAAAAAUGAAAGGAUUUAUUUUUUACGUUAAUGAGCAUUUCUCUUUAACUUUUGAUAGAGAUAAUUAGAUGAGUUCAUGCAAAUAAAUAACGAUUGAAAUUAAGAUGAAAAUUUAUCGGUCAAAAUAUUUGAAAAGCUAACGUUCGAAAUAUUUUUGAAAAACUGCUUCAAAAUUUUGUUAAAUAACGUUUAAAUGAAAUUUGAAUGUUCAUGAGAAUUUAAAUGUUUCUGGAAAAGCAUUUAAAGGACAUCAAUCUUGAGUGUCUGAUAUAAAGCUAUACUCGAAAUUAUCUGAAAUUCCAUAUUUCAGUAUGAUCGAGGUAAUUUGAAUGAACACGUCUAUAUAUCUUAAAUUACCCUUCUCACUCUUCGUCCAAUUUCACUAUAUUUUAUUAUGUAAAAUUUUAUGUUGCCAGUGAAUGAAUUUAACGAAGAGUUUUUCUUUUUUUGUGUCUUGUUUAGAAUGAAUUCUUUUUAUUUUUUUUAUUAUUAUCAAUGUUAUGUUCACUUUAAAGUAAGCGAGACAUAGUGCUAAAUCUUGAUGAAUAAUAAGAGAGAAACAUGCUAUGUACUAAUUUAAACUUCUUCUUAAAAACGUUAAUUAAACAAUUUCAUGGUAAAACAAAAAAAAAAUAUUAAAAAAUGAUAAUAAUAGAAGUUUAGUUUAAAAAUGAUGAAUUUAAACCGAGAUAGAUUUUGUCAGUAAGAAGCUGUGGAUAAGUUGACUGCUAAACAGCUUAAUUUGUCAGUUAGAUGUGAUAAGGAUUGAAUUCAGAAAUGACGUCAAUAAAGGACAAAAAAAGAAAUCUGUAGAUUGCACAAAUAUUAUCCAGAUAAAGAAUCAGUCACACUUUCCCUGUCCAUGAUCGAUUUUGUUUAUUUUCCUUUUAAUUGAAUUACCUUGAUACCAUUAAAAAAAAGAGUGUAAACACAGACAACCUUGAAAGCAUUGCUUGUUAGUCAUCAAUUAAUGUAUUCACAAUAAGAUUUAAAACUAUUUCCUUUCAUGAACAAACGCUUCAACCAUCGAGUUUAUGCUUCGUAAUAAUGUCUUGAGCAGUCAUUAAGUUCAUGAAAUUUAUGCUUAUGUAAAGAGAUGAUGAUGAUGUGAGAGAGUCAGUGGAUUUGAAUGAUGAGAAUAAGUAAUAAUACCAGAACUAUUCUUUGUUUUCCUAUUAUAUCA